UGUGUGUGUGUAUGUAACCACCCGUGUAGUCCCGCCCUUGACAUGGGGAUAGAUGAAUGACAUCUCAACUAGCCAAUCGUAGACGACUUAUAAACCCGUGCAGCAAAUCCUGUCGUAGGGGGCGGGAUUUCUCGGAACACAGAAGAUCCAGCAUGUUUUACCAGAACCUCAGUCCGGAUGUUGUAAGGAGAGGGAACGCGAUGGAGUAUUACAGCAAUGGAUUUUGCAGAGAACGCAGUGAAGAAAGGACACUCAAGGUCACCUUGCUUGGAUAUAAGGUCAUGGAGGAAAAAACCAAGUUUACAGUCUACAAGAUCUUAGUGAAGCGUGCACCAGAAGAGAGCUGGCACAUUUUUAGACGAUACACAGACUUUUCUCGACUACAUGACAAGCUGAAGGAGGCGUUUCCUUCGUUUAACUUUACCCUACCACCCAAGCGUUGGUUCAAGAACUUCAGCGCUGAAUUUCUAGAAGAGAGACAACUGGGCCUACAAAACUUUCUACAAAACCUGAUUGCUCAUAAAGAUGUGAGAAUUAGGUACUUACAUUACGCUAUAUGUCAUGGUUCCCUCCCCCUUAUGUUGAUCCAAACCUGUAUGGCAUUCUUUCAUCUGCAGAACUCAAAUGAGGCAGUCAGAGAAUUCCUACGUCUGGAUGACCCACCCACUGCUUUUGACGAUAUUAGAGAGAAAUGGGCCUUCUGUGAGACACCGGGAGGGACCAACGGUUGCCUUCAAAGAGACUUAAUGGAUGAAGAGAGAGAGACUGAGUCCCUGAGAAAUGUCCUGCUGCACAAAGAACUCCUAAUCAGCCAGCCGGAGCGAACAAAGAAUGGCAUGUAUCGAACCCAAGAGAAGCUGAACAGAGAGCCCAGAGACGUUUUAACAGCACAGGAAUAUAAAGAAGUGGAGAGAGAUGCCCUCAGGAGACCAAAUAAAUGCUCUGAACUGGGGUUCAUAAGGACUCAUGGAGCGUGCUGGUGCGGAUCAGCAAAUAAAAGUCCAGAAAAGCACAGUUCCAAGAAACCCAUCAAAUAAAUAAUAAUAAUAAUAAAAACUGCAAAUAGGGCACUUUCUUCAAAUCUUCUGUUUGUUCUUGGUCCAUAAUAAGAACAGAAAAACUGUUUUGUUUUGGAUGAAUCAAAACUGAUUGAUUCCAGAAAAUGAUUUGGAGCACAAACACUUUUAAUAACUUAACUUAAAAUAUGAUGUUUGUGAGUACAUGAUUCUAUAAGGUUUGUUUCAUAGAGAUUUUAUGGGACAUCUGCGACAUCUGUGACUUUAGCAGCCAAAGAAGCAACUUCACCUGCUCUCUGAUACAUUCUUCUAUACAAUUUUCUGUUCAUUACCCAGAUUUUUGACUUCUGUUUUGGAUUACUCACAUUUGUGCUUUUGUGAUUUGGAUUGUGGAAUAAAUUGAUACACUCAGAUU